CCGUACACCAUUAUAGACCUGUUUGUAGAGGAGACGUGACGUGUGCCAGGACUAAUACCGGUAAAGUUUGAACGCCUAUCAUGGUGAAGAUUGCAAUAAUCCCCGGGAACGGGUGUGGAGAAGUUGAACAUUGCAACUGGUAUGCCUGGGCAAAAGAUCGAUUAAAUGAAGUAAAGGAUGUGGAAUGUCUGCUCCAGCAAAUGCCAGAUCCAGUUGGAGCAAAAGAAAGCAUAUGGCUACCGUUCAUGCAGGAUGUUUUGAAGUGUGAUCAGUCGACCAUUAUCAUUGGCCAUAGUUCCGGUGCUGUAGCUGCUAUGAGAUAUGCAGAGACGCACACUGUUUUAGGAAUUAUCUUGGUUUCAGCAUAUGUUACUGAUAUAGGUGACGAAAAUGAAAGAGCAAGCGGUUAUUUCAGUCGACCGUGGGAAUGGGAAAAGGUGAAAAACAACACAAAGUUUAUUGUACAGUUUGGGUCUGAAGAUGACCCCUUCUUGCCCUGGGAGAGUGAACAAAUGCAAGUCGUGAAAGGGCUAAACCCGGAGUUACAUCGCUACCAAGACAAAGGCCAUUUUAUGACGACUACUUUUCCAGAACUCAUCCAUGUUGUCAAGAAACAUUUGAACUGAAAUACAAUGCUAUUAAAUUGGACCUUUCCGGAUUGUCAAUCAACAUAUCAACUGACCAAUCAGAGCAUCGCUAAGACUACGCGCUUCUCCCACAACGCACAUUUUUACUUCGUCUCCGUUAUCUUUUAUCAGACCACAUUCUUAAAUGGGGAUCAGAGGGACAGAAAACAUACAGUACACAAGAUUAAAAAGAAAUUAGACAAUAGAGCAUCAGUUUAUUCUAAAAUACAAAUCAAUUUAAUAUAUACCCUUCGAUAAACUACAAAUCUUUCUCAAUUACAGAGGCAGUCUGAUGUUUCUUUGGCGUCGCCAGAGCCAUAGUUGUUCCAUACAAAUGUUUACUUAUAUAUUUUUAUAAAACGUGAUAAUUUGAACUAACAAUACAAAAGUAAAAUUUUAAAAACAAGCAGUAAGAAUUAUAUACAAUUAGGUCAAACAUUCCACAAAACAUGUUUCCCAUUUGGGUUUUUAGGAAAAGAUACAAGAAAAUGUAUUGGUCUUCAUUAUAAAAAAAAUACAAAGAAAAACAGUGCAGCUUUGAAAUUUCAAAUUUUUCCUAAAACAAUAAUAAUGGUUAGAUCAAAAUGAAAUGCCCACAAAAAAGGUCAAGGCAUACGCAAAACAGAGCAGGAUUAGGAUAUUAUCAAAAGUAUAGUAGGCCCAUUUAUUUUCUUUAAAAAGAAGCUUUGACACACAUCCACAUACGCACACAUGUGCACCCGCACACAUGCCUACAUAAAGACAAACAUACUUUAGGCUUGGAUGUGUAGAUAAGACAAUUUAUAGUUUAAACUGCACAUGCACACACAACGUAGUUUAUGUCGAUUGACCUUGGAUAUGGGCUGGAGCAGUACAAACCACGAAUAGACCUUUCCGAAGUGUCAAUCAAACUUAACAACUGACUAAUCAGAACAGCGCUAGGAAUACGUGCGCGUCUUACAGACACACGUGUUGUCCCACAAACGCACGUGUUCGCGUAUGUUUUAACACUGCCGUCUUGUGGGACCUUAGCAACAAAAUCCAAGGGGCGGAGCUUAGCGGAAAGGUCCAUUGCUUAACAGUGUGCAGCAGUGUUCAGCCGGGACAUCACUGCGCCCGACGGUAUGGAGAACGCAACGCCACGACGUGCGUGACACGGAUCCGUUCAGAUUUACCACCGACAAUCAGCAGACGGCGUAGCGUCGUCCAACGCUCACAACAGGAGCGGGGUUGGAUUCGCCGUACAGCGCAGUAAGUGCUCGGCUUUAUAGAAGUUAAAAUAAACGAAGCAUCCCUAAAUAGGAUGAGGGUAAAACAUGUUUUAUCGAAAAUAUAAUUGGUAUUUUCAUGAUAAAUUUACUAACAUACUACAGUCUGAAACAUUACUUUUAAACCAGUACCCUGUGGUCUUAUGACGAUUAAUUAUUUAAUGAUUUAAUUCCAAGUAAAUACAAGGUCCUACACCGGAUCUGUAACAUUCAAUAUUUCUUAAACCCUCAACCUUCAUCCGUUUGUUCGAUAAAUCUAGUACGGUGGCUCCGUUUAGAUCUUCAUAACAUCAGUCAUAAGAGACAGCUGUGAGCCACGCAGAAUAGCUAUUUGCUUGCUAAAUAUUUCAAAAUGUAACGUUUUAAAUUCAACUACAGUAUAUAAAAUAUUGAAUACAAAAAUUUUCCCGUCGAAAUAAAUGAAUUAGCCGAUACCGAAGUGACAUGGGUGUACCACACGAUGAAUUAUAUAAUUAAAGUUUUUCAAUGUGGGUGGUAAAAUUUGCCAAAUUUAACCUAUCAAGAAGUGACUCUCACACAUUCUGAAGUAUAUAAAUGAUUAACGAAUGCGUAAAAAAUGUAUGAGAGAGCUUUCCUUAUCUCGUUCGAGAACCAAUCAGACGAUAACAUUUCUUAUUCCUGUUUACGUACUAUUUACCUUGCAGUGACGGACUUAUUAGUUUUUUCAAGAUGUAAACACGUAAACACAAACGUAAACUACAUCACGGCCUAUAAGGAUUCAAGCAGCAGGUAAAUGCGGAGGCAAAGUUUAUUAUGGUAUCACUUUGUGAGCAAGCCAAAAUAAACUACAAUUCAUUAACAAUCGUAUGAACUAGACUUUUUUUUUCUCGAGUAAUAAUAAUGAAUGUUAUAUUUGUUAAACGAAAAUAAAGCAAUCAUUAAACAGCCAA